CCCAAGAUGAAGACAAUCCUCCUGCUUUUUGCUGCCCUGGCCAUGGCCGCCAGGCCAGCCCGCGCUCUCCAGUGCCACGUGUGCAGCAGCAGCACCAACUGCCGCCAGCCACAGCCCUGCUCACUCGCCUCGCGCUUCUGCAAGACCGUGAUCAAGGUGGAGACCCUGUCGGGGAACCUGGUGCAGAAGGAGUGUGCAGAGUGGUGCACGCCCGGCAACACCGCCCAGGGCCAGGUCAGCAGCGGCAAGGCCACCGUCUCCUGCUGCCAGGAAGACCUGUGCAACUCCAGGCUGUCCAGCGCCGCGUCCACCCGCGGCCCGCUGGCCGGCACCACCCUCGGCCUGGCGCUGGCUCUCGGCCUCCUCACCCUCAUCUUGGACCCCAGCCCAUGACCGCCCCCCCAUACCUUGCCCGGGCUUUCCCGGGGAUUUCCACACUCCCCUCCCUUUGCCCUGGGGGUUUCCACAGUCGCUGUCCCCGUCCCUGAGGGGAAGUCAGACCCCCUGGGCUUGAGGCCAGGUCCUCUGGGCCCUCAGGGGGUACCACGGGGUGCGGUCCUGGAGCAGCCCCCUCGCCCAGGUGAGAGGACACAGCCUCCCGGGCAGUGUGGAGGGCAGGGGACACAGGUGGUUCGAGCCCUUUCCUUCCAUAUUCGUGCCAUUUGGUUUCCAUUUAUUUUUCUACUUGU